AUGUCAUUAGCUGGGAUAUUUUCCGACCACCAUGAGCACCUUAGAAAAUUGCCACUUCCAUGGAAGCUGCGUCUGGGCCUGGGGCAGGUCAGGGCCACCAUAAAAGCCAGAGCAGUUCCUCGCUCUCUCAUUCACUUCUCUCGCCUCCUUCUCCUUGGGAACCAGGUUCUCCUCCAGCCCCAAGCCAUGUCCUGCUGCAACCCGUGCCAGCCCUGCGGCCCGUGCCCGCUGGCCAGCAGCUGCAAUGAGUGCUGUGUCCGACAGUGCCAGAGCUCCACCAUCGCCAUCCAGCCCUCCGCGGUGGUGGUGACCCUGCCCGGACCCAUCCUCAGCUCCUUCCCUCAGAACACCGCCGUGGGCUCCUCCACCUCCGCUGCUGUUGGCAGCAUCCUCAGCUCUAACGGAGUGCCCAUCUCCUCCGGGGGCCUUGACCUCUCCUGCAUCACCAGCGGCUACUGUGGCACCAGAUGUCGGCCCUGCUAAAUCUGCUGGAAAUAAACCUGCAGAAGAACCUCCUAAAGCCUCAGAACAUGGU